CAAACCUCGCUCCGUCUGUACGUUUUGAUUGAAUGAUUGGCGCACUAGAUCGAGCUAAUGCAGGAUCGCGUUCCCUAAAAAUAUACAAAAUAAAUGGUAUAAACUGAGCACCGAGGCAUGCUUUUGCUAUUGUCAAUAUGUGUGUCACUGACGCUUGAACCUCGAGCAAUGAGGAGAUAAGUAAACAUCACAGUGAGCUAGUAGCAGUCCUUUUAAUUUUGCGCAUCGGCGUAUGUAAACAGUCUAAUGUGAAAUCCUUGUCAGGAAAUAUACCACAGACAGGUUAUCAUGAAAGUCAUUGGUGCAGGAUUAUCGAAGACAGGCACCAAUACCUUACAUGAAGCUUUUACUAUUCUCGGUUACAAGUCCUACCAUUAUUUUGAGAGUGUAUCAUAUCAUGGCGAAGAAUGGUCGAGAAUACUAACUGAAGGAUGGAAAACAGAAGAUUUUAAACGGAUGUACGCAAAUUUAGAUGCUGUAUUUGAUGGCCCGGGGUUCUAUUUCUGGGAAGAAAUUCAUAAAGCUUUUCCUGAAGCUAAGAUUAUUUUAUCUGUUCGCGAAAGCGAAGAUGUGUGGCUUGAAAGUCUGAUUAAUCAAAUGAAAGUUAUGGAAAGCAAUUUUCUUUUUCGACUGAUGGAAUAUCUCUCACCGUCUUACCGCGAAACAAUCUCCGGCAUCCUACUUCCCAUGUCAAAAAUAUGCUUCGGAAUACCAGAUCUCCGUGAAAUUCGCUGGGAGAAUCAUCUUAACAGGGAAUUGAUGAAACAGAAAUAUCGAAUGCACAACAGAUAUGUGAUACAGAAUGCACCUAAAGACAAACUCUUGGUUUACAAAGCUUCAGAGGGAUGGGAACCACUUUGUAAGUUUCUUGGUAUUCCUGUUCCUGACGAACCAUUCCCACAUAAAAACAAGAAAGGAAAAAUCAUCAGUGAGUAUCUACAAUACAAUCCAUUGGUGAUUCGAAUGAAAAGAGAGAUGUUUGUAUCCUGUACUGUUCUGGUAAUUGUGGUACCAAUUGCUGGAUAUAGUCUAUAUAGACGAGGAGUGAACAAUUUAUUUGAAUCCUGUUUAAAGUUGUUUUGAAUAUGCCUGAAAUAUCACAUAUCAAACCUUAUAAAUAAGUUUGUAGAAUAAAACCGACGAAUCUCCGAGAAUAUAUUUAUUAUAAAUGUCAAGACGGGGUAGAAACAAGAUUAUUUAUGUCGCGCACGCUUAUGACGUAGAUCCGUGCGUCAAAACCUUAUACUUUCAACCUGAAAUUUAUAUCAGAUAACAAAUAUGUUACCCUGGAUAUAGAAAACUUGAGAUGAAUCACCCCAAAAUCGUAAUCACAAACAGAGUUUUUCGCUUUCUAUGAACUACUUUUGUGUCUAAAGAUUUCUGUAGGUAUCACAG